UCGCUCGCGUCUACCGCAAAGCUGACCAACUCUUCUCUCGUGACGCCACAGAAUUGGUUAAAUUUAUUUAUUGGUUAAAUUUAAUUACUGCCCGUCGUGGCAGAGUAGGUUAUUUAUUCAUUUAUUUAUUUUAGGUUUUUUAGUUGUUGUUUUUUUUAAAUAGCUUUUAAAAUAUUUUUUUAAAUGGGAGUAGUAUUGCGGAAUCUCCAGAAGGUGGUGCCUCUUCGCCGCGCCAGACUGCGCAAGGAUGUGGACACGCUGAGGCACAUACUGGGCAUCCAUAAAUUUGACCUGGGCAUCGUUUGCGUGGACAACCACAGAAUUCAGCAAAUUAAUAAGAUUUACAGAAAGAAAAACGUGCCCACGGAUGUCCUCUCGUUUCCAUUUUACGAGGACCUGAGGCCCGGCAAGCUGCCUUGCCCCCUUCAUAGAGAUGAGCACAACCUUGGGGACAUUUUCCUGGGGGUCGAGUUUGUGAUGAAGCAGUGCAAAGAGGACUCUCUGGAUCUGCACGGGACCCUCGCUGUUGUCACUGCGCAUGGCAUCUGUCACCUGUUGGGCUACAGACACGAGACGGAGGAAGAAUGGACCGAGAUGCUGCAGAAGGAAAGCUACAUUCUUAGUGAGUACAACAGACUCACAGGGAGACAUCUGGAGCCACUGAUGAAGAGAUGCAGUCAGGAGAGGUGACCGUGACGAGUGCCUGCUAACUUUACACUAACACACGAUGGUGCUUGAUGUUGUUGUUCAGUAUCCUGACUGUAUACUCGCCACAACCUGCAGCUACUGCUCUUAAGGACUUUAAUCACCCAGCAGCAGUAGACACAGAGCAGUUUGAUUGUGGAUGACCUUUCAAAACACUGGACGUGGAGUGUGGUUGAAAUUAAAGUCUGUGCACUUUCACUGUUAUCUUUUUUUUAUUUUUUAUUAUUAAAAUCUGCUUCAGGAAGAGAGUUGUGUAAGAAGGGUAGAAAAAAAAAAAAAAAAUAACAGUUCAUUUUUUACCUCACAAAGACAUUUGGGACGGGAUGUUCAGGAGAGGGCAAUGUUUCAGAAAUGGAAAUCCAAGGAUUACAUUAAAAAAUAAAUGUAUAACUUUA